AUGGCAUCCUCCACCACCUCCGCCGCACCGGCACCGAUACCGGCAACGGUAUCCCGUCCCGCCAAAGCCACCGUAUCUCUCCGCCCCGCAACAGAAGCCGACGUCCCCGCCUUUGCAUCCAUCUCCGACGCAGCCUGCAAAAAGGACUCGCACACCCAGCUCAAAGCCUCCAUCCGUGGCGACGACGACUUUCCAAAAGGCAUGCAAGAUGCGCUAAAAGCCUGGAUCGCACACCCCAAAGUCGACGUCAUUGUCGCUGAGGACGCGACGAGCGGUAGCCCCGUGGGCUGGGUCGGCUGGGUGAGGCGCGGAUUCGCAGGCGACACUGACCUCCCCCUCGACGGACCGGAUGAAGAGCCCCGGCCCGAGACAUUCUUCACGGACUCUGAGGAGCAGAAGAAGACCAAGAAAAUCGACGACCUCGGUGCCCUGACAAACGCAUCAAUGAACUACUGGGUCAAGAAAUUCAUGCCCGAGGGCUGUAAAUGCAGGUUCCUGUGCACCUACGUCGUCCACCCGGAUCACCAAUCCCGCGGCAUCGGCUCGGCUCUGAUGAAGUGGGGCACCGACAAGGCGGAUGUCGAGCCGGGUGUGUACUGCUGGGUUCAGUCGUCCAUGGGCGGGCAGAAGGCGUUUGAGAGGCAGGGCUUCCGCGAGGUGGGCAGGUUGGAGGCUGAGCUGGAUGAGUUCGCGGCGGGAGUGAAGCCCGGUGGGAAGUUCGCGGGUGUCACUGGGAGUGAGGAGUUUUGGGGGCGGUAUUCGUGGAUUUACAUGAGGAGGGAUGCGAGGGCAUAA